AUGGGUCACGCAAAACCCGCAGCCCCGGCCACCCAGGCCACAACGAAUCGCGUCAUGAAGACUAAACCGACCCAAACCCCGGCAGCUAGAUACAACAGGAAGAUUUUGCGCGGACUCGAGCAUGCCAUCAGUAAAGAUCCGGAGGCCGAUAUUGCCCAGCUCCUUACAUUGAAGUACUCAGACUUCUUGCAGUCUUUCAAAUGUAAAAUGAACGGUCUCCAGACGAGUUGA